AUGGCCGUUGGUCCCGUCAGUCUCAGCUGCGAAGCCCGAUGGCCCUUCCACUCCAAAGCAUUUCUUGUAACCUAUGCCCCUCACCGUAGAGCCGGUCUCGGUGAUUGGCUUCGGUGGCUUCAGCCUCCCCUGGCGCACGAGCCCCUCACGGAAAGCCUUGGCCUCCUGAAGCGCCGCCUUCAAGGCUUCCGCUUCGCUGCGGCCCAGCUUCAUGUGCUGGGAAAUGGGGAAGUUGAGCCUACGCCGUUUGCCCGGUGCUGUCCAAGAGACUCGCCAACUGCAGUCCUGCGCUGGCCUGCUUCCAGUACUUGGAGGUUCAUGGGUAAUUCUAGUUGGGCUUACAAGUAG